AUGGCGAGCAACUCGCAAAAAGCAGACAAAAAUAGAAAUAAAAGCAAAAAGAUGGAGAAUGAAGCUUCAGAAAAUCCUCCAUUGUCUGACAAAACAGAUUUGGCUCCUUCUGAGGACUCGCAGUCCCUUUUCAAGACUGAACCACUGGAAAAGGUUUUAAAUGAGAUCAGCAAAGAAAUUAAUAACUUGCUGUCAAAAUAUGCUGACACUAUAAGUGCAAGAAUAGCAUUGGAUUCUUCUUAUGUCCAGGAACUUGAUGAGAUCCUAAAAGAAGCCAGGGCCAUAGAAAAGCAUUUGAAGCAGAAAAGGGAGAAGCUGAAACAGAGAUUCGCUGUCAUCGCCAAUAGUCUGCAAAGCUAAAUGGAGUUUGUUAUGAAAACGUAGAGCCAAAGUUUUGUUCGUGUAUGAAAACAAAUCGGGAUGAGUGUUGUGAUGUCUGUUUCUUGUAUAAAUAUUUCUGUCAGUUCAGGAAACUUCCAACAAGUUAAGCAGCUACUUAGUGUUUAAGUACAUAGUGUAGUGGUAGUUAAUAAAACCAAUUCUGAAUACCUGUUUUAAAUUCUGUGACUCAAGGGAUUAAGACAUUAAGCUAUGUUAACCCAUUAAAGAUAGCAAAAAAAGCAUUUCUAUGAAAUAUAGAAAUUUAUGAUGUAAGUGGAAAAUGACCUCAGAUUAUUUAUUGUUAACCAUUUUCUGGUUAUGAGUUGUUUUUUUUUUUCCUUUCUACUUAAAAAAAA